AUGUCAGAGGUCGACAACGCAUCCGACUCUGACUGGCUUGAUAUUGCUAACGGUCAUGAAUCCGACUUCAAUGAUUCCUUAAGUUCCCAGGACAGCGACCGCGAUGAGUUGAAUUCUCGGCCACACUCUAGACGUUCCUCCAUAAGUAUGGGGAGCUCAAAGGACAGCGAGGUUGAAGCUUGGGAGGGCUUCGUUGACGACAGCGAGGAUGAAGCAGCCGCCUUUCCACCUGGCAUGUAUACUGUGCCACUGCCUGCGGCCGUGGCUGAACUAAUGCCAACAGCCUUCAUACCUGAUAUCGACAACGACCAAGACCCAGCAGAAGACCAGCGUGUCAAAGAUGCCCUCGACCAAAGCCUGAUGGGUACUUUGAGUGCCUCUCGCUCGUCGGCCGGCCACUCAUCGAGCGCCCACACGUCCAUUCGCGAUCUGCGCUUGUCUUUCCCCGAUCCCCUCACAAGUUCUCGCGAUGAACUAAACAGGUCUUAUGAAGAUGUUUCACCAUCAGAGAUGACCUUCAGUGACGCUGAUGACCUUGACAUGACGCCGCCUACGAUCGGCCCAUUGCCUCGGGAUCUUUCUGUCACGCCUGAGGUCCAGCGUCGCGAGGCUCCCCUUCCUAAGCCUACUACGGAGAAUGGAUUAGACAUCGUGUUGUAUGGUUACUCCUCUCAGAUUAAGUGGUCUUUUGUCGAGGAUCUGGUGCGGAAGGCAGCCAUCGCAUCGGGCCACACCCUCCUCACGUCACUUGAGAAUGGGAAUGACCUGGUCCAAACAUUGCGCCUCGAGAAACAAAUUCGAGACGCACCCAAUUUUUACGACGCCAUCACCGUAUAUGAUAGGACAAAUGACUUCCCUCCCAGUGAAGCCGACAUUUUAAACAAAUCGUCAUUGGCCAUUGUUUAUUUGCCUACUCCCACCCUUCCACUCCUGUCUUCGCACACUUUAUAUCUUCCUGUUUAUGUUUCAGGGGCCGCUCUCGGCUCGAAUUUGGAUCCCCAGGAUAUCGCCGCUAGUGCGGAGGAUGACUGGGAUCUACUAUCUGUUCCUCUCACGAAGAUCUUACAAUUCGAUGCAGAGAACAAAUUUUCAGUUUUCAAUAGUGAAGAACUUGGGUCGGUCACGCCCCCACAGGUUCAUCGAGCAUUCCAAGCGCUCUCGAGCAAACCUAAGAAGACUGUUACCAAAUCUGUAUCUGAACAGGCGAGUCCCGUUAACGCGGCAACGAUAUCCAGAUUCGCAUUGAUGUCGUUGAUUAUGGGUUUCGCUUUCAACACCGCGUUCCAACCAUCCGUCCCAGUCCCAACUCCAACAGCUAGAAAUUUGACUUCGGAAAGUAGCGUAUGGCUCGUUGUGCAAUCCAAUCAAUCCAUUAUCCCAGCCAGCGCCACGGAAUUGAGGAACACGCCCUCGGCAUCCACUUUGAAAGAUGUGGCGCUGUCGGUGUAUCAUCCAGGCACGACCUCGCUAUCUCUCACGUCUACACAUUCGACGUCUUUGUUCUCGAGCCUUGUGAGCUCUUCCAAAGCUUUGGCAUGUCGGGAGUGCAACUCAAUCGCGCUUAAACCGCAGACUUCCAAGGAGGCCUCGGUUUAUUCUGCUCUCGAUACCCAAUUAACCGAGGCACCAAAGCCUGCUAUUCAGUCACCCCUCACCAUCAUCCAUGCCAAACAGCCUGAGGCUACGACGACGGCCAUGAAUCUCAGGCUGGUGAAUACUAUCACCGACGCUAUUGGCGUCACGUCCAAGGCGCUUGUCAAAGCCGCGAAUAAUGAUGUUGGGGAGCUUGUUGAGGCUAUGGAUGAGCUCGUUAACGCAAUUAAAGUCCAAGCGGACUAUAUAGUCAAGCAAUCGAAGGGCAAAGCUCGUGAGAUUGGCGAUCAAGUCCGCGAGCUCGGCGACCAGGUUCAAGGACAAUUCCAGUACCGCAACAAGAGGGCGCGGGAUCGUGCGAGGGAGUUUACGAAUAUUGGCCUAGAAUUUUUGAAAGAUCGAACGGAUGUUGCUAAGAAGAACGCACAUCUCUUGAAACAGACUUUGGUGGAAUCGGAGAAGUGGCGAAUGUGUCAAAGAGAGCAGGAUGACGGGAAGGCUUGGUUGAAGGAGGGCAAAUUGGGCCGGAAGAAGUGUCGGCGAGCUUCAACCAAUAAGGAGGCGAAGUUGAGGAGGGCGACUUGCCAUGACCGAGUGAUUUGACCACUGACCGCGACUCUUCUCUGAAGGUCUGCAAUGUAACUCUUAUGUGUGGUCUCUCGCGCUCUGACUCCCUGUGCAUGUAUUAUAUUUGUAAAUGAUUUCUUUAACAGAU